AUGGCUGGAUUGAUAUGGGAUUUAUCCUUAGAGAAGGAUGAAGAAGAAGAGGCAGAGUUCAAAGCACAGACCAAGGAGCAAGUGAACACACCUCAAGACUUGCCUCCUCAGCUUCUCUUCGUUCACCAAUUCUCGCUCUUUAUGUAUAACCAUGGAGACAAGACUCUCUCUCGGAUCCCAGUCUCUGCAUCAAAUCUCAAUCAGGAUUUCUCAGCGUUACUUCAAGAAUCUCAGUUGAAGAAACAGUUAAUGAAGCAGGAGCUCUGUGAUUAUGAUCAGAACAUAUGCAUGAGUGACAUCACCAACAACAGUUUCCAACAUCCUUGCGUCACAAAAACAGAACAUUACUCGGGGGUACAAGAAUCCUUUGGGAUGAAUGAGUUGAUGCAGAAGGAGUUUUAUGGGUAUGAUCAGAACAUGUGUAGUAUGGGUAACAUCAAUAGCAGCAGCUUUCAACAUCCUUGCGUCUCAAACACAGAAGCAGUACAAGAAUCUGUGAAUAACUAUGGGCUGGAUCAGUUGAUGCAGAUGCAGUUUUAUGGUUGUGAUCAGAACAUGUCUAGUAUGGGUAACUCCGGGUUGAUGCAGCAUGAAGUUUAUGGUUAUGAUCAGAACUUGUGUACGAGUGAUAUUACCGACAGAAACGUUCCAGAUCCUAGUCUCUCAAACACAGUCUGAGAUUUAUCUGAAAUCAAUCAAACUGUCCAAUUAUGAAGCUGUCUAUGCAUUGCAUUGGUGUCUAUUUGGUAGUACGAGGACAAUUAAUAUGUAUAUUGCAUCAACAUAUAAUUUUCUUUAUUUGUACCUUCUUUAUGAAU